AUGAAGCUGACCGGCAAGGAGCGGGUGCUCGCGGCCCUGCUGGGGGCCACCGCGGCCUUGGCCGUCACUGCGCUCAUCCUGAUCCUGGUGGAGGCCACCAGCGUCCGCCUGCCCACGGACACCAAGUUUGGGAUUGUGUUUGAUGCGGGGUCCUCCCACACGUCCCUCUUUGUGUAUCGGUGGCCAGCGGACAAGGAGAAUGACACCGGCGUGGUCAGCCAGGCCCUGGCCUGCAAGGUGGAAGGGCCCGGAAUCUCCUCCUACACCUCCAACCCUGCGCAGGCUGGCGAGAGCCUGCGGGGCUGCCUGGAGGAGGCGCUGGCCGUGAUCCCAGAGGCUCAGCGUCCGCAAACACCCCUGUUCCUGGGGGCCACGGCUGGCAUGAGGCUGCUCAGCCAGAAGAACAGCUCUCAGGCGGGGGACAUCUUUGCCGCAGUCACCCAGGUCCUGGGCCAGGCUCCCCUGGACUUUCGGGGUGCUGAGCUCCUGGCCAGUCAGGAUGAAGGUGCCUUAGGUUGGAUCACCAUCAACUACGUUCUGGGCCUACUGGUCAAGUACUCGUUCUCCGGAGAGUGGAUCCGGCCUCCGGAGGGGACGCUGGUGGGCGCCCUGGACAUGGGCGGGGCGUCCACCCAGAUCACCUUCGUGCCCGGAGGCCCUGUUCUGGACAAGAGCACGCAGGCCGCCUUCCGCCUCUACGGCUUCGAGCACAGCGUCUACACGCACAGCUACCUCUGCUUCGGGCGCGACCAGAUGCUGACCAGGCUCCUGGCCGGGCUGCUGCAGAGCCGCCAGGCCCUCCGGGUCCGCCACCCCUGCUACCACAGCGGCUACCGGGGCACGGUGUCCCUGGCCCCCCUGUACGAGUCGCCUUGUGUCCAGGCCACAGCGCCCCCAGGCCUCCCCCAGAGCCUGACCGUGGAAGGAACAGGGAAUCCCAGGGCCUGCGUGUCGGCCACCCGGGGCCUCUUCAACUUCUCCAGCUGUGAGGGCCGAGAGGACUGUGCCUUCAACGGGGUCUACCAGCCCCCCGUGCGGGGCCAGUUCUAUGCCUUCUCCAGCUUCUUCCACACCUUCCACUUCCUGAACCUCACCUCCAGGCAGUCGCUGGCCACCGUCAACGCCACCGUCUGGGACUUCUGCCAGAAGCCCUGGAAGCUGGUGGAGGCGGCCUGGCCCGGGCAGCAGCCCUGGCUGCGUGACCACUGUGCCUCGGGCCUGUACAUGCUCACGCUCCUGCUCGAAGGCUACGGGUUCACGGAGGAGACCUGGCCCAGCAUCGAGUUUCGCAAGCAGGCUGGAGGCACUGACAUCGGCUGGGCACUGGGCUACAUGCUGAACCUGACCAACAUGAUCCCGGCCGAGGUGCCUGCCCAGUGGCGGGCAGAGAGCUAUGGCGUCUGGGUGGCCAGCGUUGUCUUCGUGGCGCUGACCCUCGCGGCCAUUCUCGCCGCUGCUGCGGCCCAGCUCCUCUGGGCCCGGGACUGA